AUGGGCUCCGAACUCCAAGUCCUCCCCGCGGGAGCAGGCUAUGGCAUAGUAAUAGGAAUAGGCGGAAUCUUCGCCCUAUUCAUGCUAGGCCUAACCUGGCUGCAGAACAGAUAUACAACCUUUUCAACCCACUCCGCAGAAGAAUUCAACACAGCCUCACGCUCCGUUAAACCAGGCCUAAUAAGCGCAGGCAUCGUUUCCUCCUGGACAUGGUCCGCAACACUCCUGACCAGCUCGACAUUCGCCUACAACUACGGCGUCUGCGGCCCGAUGUGGUACGGCGCCAUGGGCACGCUGCAAAUCCUCAUGUUCGGGCUCAUCGCUAUCAAAAUUAAAUCCAAGGCGCCUGGCGCUCAUACCAUGCCUGAGAUUGUUUUGGCUAGACAUGGGAAGGUUGCGCAUGUUACGUAUCUUUAUCAUGGGCUUGCGACUAAUAUGCUUGUUGGGGCUUGCCUUGUUCUUGGUGGGGCGCAGGUUGUUGAUGCGCUUACUGGGAUGAAUGUUUAUGCUGCUACUUUUUUGAUUCCUGCGGUUGUUGCUGCUUAUGUUAUUGCUGGUGGGUUGAGGUCUACUUUUAUUGCGGAUUAUACGCAUACUGUUAUUCUGUUCGUGGCUAUUUUGGUUUUUGGGUUUUUGACUAUUACGACCAGUGAUCUUGUUGGGAGUCCGGCGAAGUUGUAUGAGUUGUUGCAGGAGGCGUCGGAGAAGAUGCCUAUUGAUCGCAAUGUUGGGGGUUCUUAUUUGACUUUUCGCUCUGUUGGCGGGUUGAUUUUUGCUUUUGAUCUUUUUGUUUCGAGUUUUACUACUGUUUGGCUUGAUCAGGCUUAUUGGCAGCGGGCUAUUGCUUCCAAGCCAGAGACUUCAGUCAAGGCUUAUAUCUUUGGUGGACUUGCUUGGUACGGAAUUCCCUUCGGCUUUGCGACGAUUAUGGGCCUUGGAUGCGCUGCUCUCACUGGCGAUCCUCGUUUCCCAACUUAUCCAAACGCAUUAACAACCGCCCAAGUCGAAUCAGGACUCUCGGCACCGGCAACAGCAAUUGCAUUGCUGGGCAAGGGAGGGGCAGUCUUGAUGCUAAUCCUCCUCUUCAUGGCCGUCACCAGCUCUACAUCCGCCGAGUUGAUUGCCGUCUCUUCUCUCUUGACAUUCGACGUCUACAAAACCUACUUCCGCCCCAACACUAGCUCCGAGGCACUAGUCCGAGUCAGCCAUUGGGGGAUCGUGCUCUACGCCAUCGUCCUGGCCGUAUUCUGCUGCAUCCUCAACGCAGCCGGCAUCAGCUUAACAUGGGUCCUCACCGUUCUGGGAGUGAUAGUCGGUGGCGCGGCAUUGCCCGUCGGAAUGAUUCUACUCUGGGAACCAAUGUCAACGGUCGCAGCCGUCGCAGCACCAUGGAUUGGAUUCAUCUGCGGUAUUACAGUGUGGUUCGUGACAGCCUAUAAACGGUCAGGGACAAUUAAUGUCGCGACGACGGGUGACACGACAAACGCUCUAGCCGGGAAUCUGGCUUCGUUUGGUGUUGGAUUUAUCAUGGCCGUGGUCCUGACAUUUGCAUUCCCCGGAAAACACGCCGAUCCAAAUGCUCAAGCUCUUGCUGGUGUUGCGGUCCCUGUUAAGGAAGAAAAUCCUUCAUCUGAAACUGGCGCUGGACAGGCUGCAGACAAAGAUCAAACACCCUCGAUCGAUGAAAAGAUGACCCCACCUCCGAUCUCGAGCGAGGUUGUCUCACCUGCUCCGGCCACUAGGAAUGAGCUUGUCGACUAUCUCGAGUCUCAUGACGUGGAACCAAUGGAUCCCGUUCUUGUCAAGCGAGGCGAACGAAUCGCGUUGACUGCUAACGGAGUGUUCUUCUUCGGCGCGGUGAUAUUAGUACCGUUUGCAUUGUUUGGCAGCAGUUACAUUUAUAGCAAGUCAUUUUUUACUGGCUGGGUUGUUGUUUCCUUCAUCUGGAUCUGGAUGAGUGUCUUAAUUUGUGUUGUGUGGCCCGUUGUCGAGAGUUGGGGGGCAUUGCAUGGGAUUUCAUCGGGCUUAUGGAUGGAUUUCAAGUCAUUGCUGGGAUAUCGCAAAAAGAUGGGAAGUACUGAAACAGUAUGA